AUGACCACGACUGCGAAAACGACAACGACAGCCCAGGCACCGGCACCGGUAGUAGCCGCCGAAGUGAGCGCCCUGAAUACCGCAUCUCAUAGUGACGCCGGGCAGGUCAAGAGACUGCAUCAUAUUCCUUUCCCAGAGACCAAAGAAGCCACGCGGCAAUGGCAGUUACAGCAGAUGGCCGGGGCUUUCCGCAUCUUCGCUAAGCUGGGGUUCGCGGACGGCGCCAGUGGGCACAUCAGCCUACGGGACCCGGUGAACCCAGACACAUUCUGGAUCAACCCGUAUGGUGUGCACUUCGGACUGCUAAAGGUGUCCGACAUGGUCCACGUUGAUGGCAAGGGCAAUCGCAUUGGUGGCGGGCACAAGCCUGUCAACACCGCCGGGUUCAUUAUCCACUCUGCAUUGCACCAGAGGCGGCCGGAUAUCAAUGCCGCCUGUCACCUGCACAGUCCAUACGGAAGGGCGUGGAGUACCUUUGGGCGGGAAAUUGAUAUGUUGAACCAAGAUUCGUGCAUGUUCUAUAAGGACCUCGCCGUCUACCCGUCAUUCGGAGGCGUUGUCUUUGCUGCAGAGGAGGGUCAGAGGAUAGCGGAUGCUCUGGGCCCUACCAAGAAGAACAUUAUCCUGCAGAAUCAUGGGCUCCUGACUGCGGGACGCACGGUCGCAGAGGCUGCCGCCUUCUUCAUUGCCUUGGAACGUGCAUGCCAGGCACAAUUCCUCGUCGAGUCUGCUAUAGCACCUGGGACUGUGGGAGGGUCCUUAACGGGACUGCAGAAGAUGACUGUGGGUGACGAAGAGGCGCAAUAUACUAAAGACGGGACAGGCACGCCGAGCGCCAUGUAUAUGCAAUUUGACCCGGAGUAUGAAAUGAUUCUGCAGGAAUCUGAUGGUAGCUUCCUACAGUAA